GAGUUGGCUUCGCGACAAGAUAGCAGGACUUCGUCUACCUAAACCAUCAGCACCCGCCAUGUCACGCUAAAAUGAUCAAAGCACCGAGAAAGAGAAAGUGAAAUCUUGGCCCUUCUUUCGUGUUCUGAAUAAGUGGCAUGGCUCAAAAAUAUGAAGAAGUGGCUAUGAUUGGAAAUGGAGCUUACGGGACCGUCUAUAAAGCCCGCGAUCUUCAAAACGAAGGACGAUUUGUGGCUCUGAAGAGGGUGAGAAUAAUUGUAAACAGCGAGGAAGGAAUGCCACUCUCUACCAUCCGCGAAAUAGCCCUUCUUAAACAGAUCGACAAUUUCUCUCAUGAGAACAUUGUUAGGUAAGCUAAGCGAUUUGUUUGAUUUCUCUCAAGUGAUCUAAAGUAAUAUUUUAGAGAUCUAGAGUUGCUGCUGUACCCAGUCGUCCCGAAAAUCUUGCGAAACCCUCGACCCUUCCCCAUUACGAUAUUAAUCAAACAAAUAUUUUUAUUUUAUUUUAUUUUUUACUUUACGUACACGAAUUGUUUGAUUAGUUUCACACAGGCUGGCCAAUUAAAACUAACUUCUCGAAAAAAAUGGAAAGAGUUUAAUUUCUGUUCAAUUUAGCUAUAUUGAGAUUUUAUUAAAAUGCAUCUUUUGUUUAAUUACUGCAUUCCUCCAGCCAGCAAACCUGCCGUUUUUCAAUACAAAUGUGCUAAGUUCACACAUUGAUUCGCCCGGGGGGCUAUUAGUUAAGACUGUAUUCAUUUUCGUGAAACACAGUUAGAGAUUAUAAGGGUUUGCUUUACAGGUACCAUGCAAGAAAGUAAUUUGGCUCCGAAUUCUUGUUUAUUCACCACAUAAUUAAGGGCUUUAGCAUUUCAAUAGAGGGCAAUUCAAGCCUUCAAGAAAUAGAUCACUGUCUCUUCGGUUGGAUUUAGAACUAGCUUUUCUUAGUUUGUGUUCUAACGCUAAAAAGUUUUUCAGAUUUACGAAAAAGUGAUUGAAUAAAACACGAAAAAAACCGGAACUAUUUGGCUGCAGGCAUGUAAGUUUGUUGAUGUCUGUACACCGGAAGUGAAUAACAUUGGUCUAGGGCCUUCGUGAUUGGCUGAACAGUUUCCCGCGACUUGGUAUGGAAAUUUAAACCUCGUUCUCGCGCGAACAAAUGAAGACCGGAAUAUUCGCACUUUUUUUUUCUUUAAUAAAACGCCGUUUUCGACGCUUAAAUAUUAAAAACACCUCCUCUGACAUCAAAAUCAAUAGGAUUUACAGAAAGCGAUGUUUAUUUAACAUUUAUCCCUCCAUUACACCGAAAACACACUGUAUCGACAAGCAGUAUUUACAUUAUCCCGACGUGUCGUGUUUCAGAAAUUGGAUUCGAGAUUGAUAUGUGCUACGACCUUUCAUUGCCGCGCAAUUUUCCUGUAUGAAAAAUGGCAAAGACGUCCAUCGCAGGAUUUGAUCAAGGAUUAAGUUUCCGUAGAGAUUACUACUACUAAAAGGGAUCGGAAUGAGGCAACUUUUGAACAUAGAGAUGAAAGAGAAAGAUGCCUUUCUUGAAGCCCUUGUAAAGCCAUCCUUCGCUAAGUCGUCAAAAUAGUGCCUUGCGGCUCUUAGACAUUUUCCCGAUACAUUAUUUAAUGUGAUCUAAGGCCAGACGGUCUUUUUUUGCUCAUUUAUAAGUCCAUUGUUUAAUAUAAACAAAACCGUAAGGAAAACCGUGACCUUAAAGACAUCUAAAAAAACUAUGUUUUGCGCGCGGCUUAAGGAGUUUAAAACUUGACACAUAUCCAUGCCGAGACUUUCGAUGCAAAUUAUUUACAAAUCAGUGACAUUGCUAAUUACAUGUGUAGCAACUUUCUAUUUUACAUUUUGGCGCGAUCACUAAUACAAACUGAAGUACGAUUAAAAUUUGCAAAAUCUUUUUAAUUAAGUUUUUGUUUCAGAUCAGAUGACGUAUAAAUUGGCUUAUUCUUCUUCGUUCAGUCGAUGAUUUGUUUAGACAAAACACAUUGUUGAAAAAAUACAUGAAGCACCCACUUAACAAUAGAACCCAGCAGAUGACUUUGGCCUUUAGAAAGCUGACGUGAUUUCACACGCAAAAGUUAAAUUCUUAUGUCUCAUGGGCAAUGACCUUCCAACUUUUAAAUCUUUUAAUCACGCGAAGUAUGAUUUCUAUUUCUGUUAUAACUGAAGAGUGUAUGUAUUUCCACCAAAUUUUUGACCGAUCUGAAUGUGAAUAACCACUUUUGUUACGUAAGUGUUAAGUUCUUUUCGUUCCAUAUCUUUGCAUAAUUGCUUCUUUUCAUGAGGUCUCAGAAAUGCGAAUUUUAAUUAAAAUGUCCUUUGAAGUCAAAGCCAAGCCUUUUAAACUCAACUCCCAAGGGUGGAUGGAAUGUAAUAUUUAUUCUUAGUACAACUAAAAGAAAAUAACAUUGACCUCGAGUUUAUGCGGUGUUGGUAUGUCUUGAUGGCUCCGCCCCAAUAUUUCUCAAAAAAUAAAUACAAUACAGCAACUGAAUGAGGUGCUGACAUUGGGAAUGGAGUAUUUAGGAUGACAAGCUUCUUUUCUAUGUGCUACACUGUAUAGGCACAAUACUAUGAGGCUGAAACAAAUUUUGGCUCUUACUGUAAAAUUUAUCUCAUUAAUCAACAAGUUUAAAAUUAGAUGUAUGUUGCCCUUAGUGGGUAGUGAAAAAUAUAUGUUGAUUACAGAUUAGACAGAAUGAUCACUUCUGUUUUUUUUCCUCUUUAGACCAUACCAUUUUACUUUAAGAAUAUUGCAUUUUGUUCUGCCCAGUAGCCUUUUCUCAAAGCAAUUGGUCCUCCACAUUCUACUAAAAAGACACAGCAGGAUCAAAAGUAUUCCUCAACAAAUAAUAAAGAAACAAGAGGAACAAGAGAUUGUAGUUUUUUCUGCACGUAUUGUAGUUUCCCCUCGCAGCUGUAAGUGUGUUCUGUGAAUGGUGUAAAUUUAAAGAGAUUAAACCAAAUUUAGUACAGUUAAACCCCACUUUACGUGCAACAGCAUAAAAUGAACACCUCAUUCUCCUGAAGAGUUUUCUUUUUCCCCGAGAGAAGAACACCUUUACAGUUGUACCUUUUCUCUAAAUUCACCUCGCUUAAUAUGGAAACCAUUUUGUAUGGCCCCCUUAGUGUCCGUAUUGAGAGAGUUUGACUGUACUUAACUAAACCAUGUUUGUAAGUAUACAUUCAGUUAAGAAGUUUAUCAAUUUAUCAAUACUCCGAGUGUAAUAAUUCUAAUAAUAACCUGUCUAGUAAUCCUCAGAUAAGAUGCACCUAAGAACUAUAGUUUAGCACCUAUGGUAUACCAUCUGGGACCUGUUGCCCGUAUAACACGCAAUGUCAGACUGCGUGUCAAACAUCUGGUGUUAAAAUACAUGUACAGAGUUUGACUGGGCUGGAUGUUGUAUAUUCAACUCCUCCUGGGAGAACUCAGUAUUUUUGCGAGUUGCCUCUGACUGGGUAAAUAACCUUCCCAGGCUAUGAAGUUCAUUAAGGGCACUAGCCUUCAAUUCUAGAGUUCCCAGCUCCCUGCUCUGAUCAUAACCUGGAGUUGUUUGUGAGUAGUUAUUCUCAGAUAACCUACACCAUGUUUGUAAAUAUAAACCCACUGGGUUAUUUUCCCAUCAGCUGGGAUUUUAACUUCUCACGUUCCAGUGAAAAUAUUGAUUGUUUACACUGUUAUGUUUAUUAUCCAGAAAAGCUCCUUACGGGGUAAUUAAGCUUUCCUAUUUACAUUUUUUUUGCAGUUUUAAAUUCCAGUAGGAAAUAGUGAACUGAUUUUUUUUGCUCUGAUUGUGAAGCUAAAGACAGCCAGCCAGUGUGUGCCUCCAACACACAGCACUCCUAAAUCUAACAGAAACAUCAAUGAUAAAAUAACGUGAUUAUCAUAUAUAUAUAUAUUCACCAAAAAAAUGUAGUAUAAAAAUUCAGCAAUUUCAAAUUUGAUUCUGAUGCUUUGGAUGCACUACAGCUGUAAAUGCAAUGCUUUACUCAACUUCGUACAUCAAGUCAACUAGAUGUUUUGAUUUCAUAAUUAUGUACCAUAAGAAGUGCCCUGCAGUUUCCUUGAUUAGCUCAGCUGGAUUUAGUUCUGCAUGCAAUCAAUGAACAAAACCUCUUCAACUACAUCUACACAUGAUGAUGUUUUUUUAGCAGUUGUCAACUGAAACUUCAGUAUGUCUCUCGCAAACACUGAGUCAAAGCUCAGUGUGAAAAGUUGACAUUUUGAUAAGCAGACAACGAGCUCUUCACUUAAUAUGGCUGCCUUGACAAAACCCUAUUUGAACUCUCCACUCCCAAAAACAAUUCCAAUAAGUGACCAGCUCAACCACUGUGGACUCUUUCUUUGCUUGCUGAGGGUUUCUGAGCUGACUGUAUUUUGAUUUUGGCUCCUUCUAGGAUUAAGGGGAUUAUUAUCUGAGAAAAUUCCUUGUUUCCUUUCUGAGAUUGAAAUGCUCUUCCAUAAAAGAGGAAACUGCUGAAAAAAAGUGAAAACUACGGGCACGUUUGAAAGGUUCAAUUUUUUUCCUGUUACUAUAGGUUACUAGAUGUGUUCCACACCACAUCACCAUCAUGCCCUGGUGAGACCCAUUUAACUUUGGUAUUUGAACACAUCGAGCAAGACCUGAAUGCAUAUCUUGAACAUUGCCCUCAACCUGGCUUACCAGAGUGGAAAAUCAAGGUAUGGAGAUUAUAACAAAAUCUAACAAGUAACGUUCUUAACCCUGCUAAUCCUGAUUGUGCAGAUCAGGCCCUUUGGUCAGCUUAUCUAAGAAGAUUGUAAGGGCCUCUGCUUGGGAAAAUUCCUAUGCGAAACAACUGGUAAAGUUCCCUUCUUUUAUUCCUUAAAAUCUGGUAACAUACCACUGUAUCAGGGUUCAUACAAACAUUGCAACCAUUUUUCAAGGACUUUUCGAGGACCACAUUAGAUUUUCAAGGACCACCUACUAGGAAUAUAAGUUCACAGAUUGUACAAAAAUGCACAUUCCCAGUCUACUCUAAUAAGGCUUUAAGGCUUUAACUGUUUGCUUCACCAACUUCUCUACAUUUUUCAGUUCCCUUGUCUUAAAUUGAUAGUUAAUUAUUGCAUAAAACAUUGGCACUUUAUGUAAACAACCUUUAAAUUCGCCGAGCUACAAUUUCUAUUCGGUCUUGGACAACCAAAAAGCAUCAAAAAACACCUUCGAGGCCACUAUAUUCAAAGUUGAAGAAAAUUCAAGGACUUUUUAAGGACUUGAACGGAAAUUUAAGGACUUUUCAAGGAAAAAUGGAAUUCAAGGACUUUUCAAGAACUUCCCCUAAAAUUCAAGGACUUUUCAAGACUGUGUGAACCCUGUGUAUGUGUAGGGAGCUUAAACAUCAACACAAUGACGAUGACAACAAAAAUCUCACCAAAAGAAAGCUUUGCACAUGCGUCACAUUGAUAAACAUUGAAAGACGACAAAUUGCUUUUUCAUCAUGGUUUCAUCAUUGUGCUUACUAUGUAGGCUCUCCAGUGACUCUAGUUCCACAACAGCUUGAAAAAGCAAUAAAUUUUGGGAUGUGGUCACUGAUCAGCACAGACCGAGCCACAAAUAUCAUUGCUAUCAUAACAGUGACGAGUGUGAAUUGUGAUAAAGAGACAAAAAAAGUAAUGAAACACCCCCCUUUAAUGUGUUUUCUGGGCACUCUUUAAGGGGUGCAUACACUGUAAACUACGGUGUGGUCAAGCUGCUUUUUAAAACACCUUUUCCUUGUGAUAGGAUAUUACACAUCAGCUCUUAAAUGGUAUAGACUUCUUGCAUUCCCAUCGGAUAGUCCAUCGAGACCUGAAGCCACAGAAUAUCCUGAUCUCCAGAACUGGUCAAGUGAAGAUCGCCGACUUUGGAUUGGCAAGAAUUUAUAGAGAUGCCAUGGCUUUGACAUCAGUGGUGAGUGACUCACUCAGGCGCACUUCUGAGACUCUUGUUAUUUUUACUGUUGUUCUUUUGUUUUACCUGUUUGGGGCUAAAUACAUAACGUAUGUAAGUACAAUUAUUAGAAGCAUUUCAUUCUUACAGGGGAGGGGGGGGAUACUCCUGGGAAUUCUUGGUGGGGGUGUGCCACCAGGUCCCCUAGAUCCUGACCCAGCAUUUCAGACUAAAAAAUGUAAUUUUCCACAUUUUCAGACCUGGCCCCAGUUGUUCAAAUGUUGGAUAGCGCUAACCACUGGAUAAAUCACUAACCAGUGGAUAAUUAAGUAAUGGGGAAACUAAAUGCACUAUCCACUGGAUAGAGAUUUAUCUGCUGGAUAGCGCUAUCCAGGCUUUGAAUAACCAAGGCCUGGCCUUUAGCAGAAAUUACGUUAUCAUUACUUAAAUUAGAGUGCAAACACAAAAAUUCUUCAAAUCCAAUUCAAAUUUGCAUGUUUCUCUUUCUUUGUUACUCAUUUGGAAUUGAAACGAUAAAUACGUUUAUACACUUCUGUAGUUCCCUCAAAAACCAUAAACAAUCCCAGACCAAAAUGGGCAUAGUGUAAACCUGUUUCAGACCAAAAUGGUGCAAAAACCCUACCUGAUUUGGCGGCACAUACCUAUAUAGCUUAUAUAAGGGAGUACCCCCCCCCCCGGCUUUCUUAGCAUAAAUUAUAUAUCCUGUGGUGUUACCAUUCAAAAAAAAUCUCUUAACUGAUGUUUUGCAAAGUACUAUUCAUUUCUUAGGAUUUCACAAUGAGAUAAGUUUUUUUGGUCAGUUUCAGUUAUCAAACUGUGGCAAACCUGGGAUAUACUCAAUAGUGGAUAAAAUGAUCACCUAAGGGAGAAUACUUUUAUUUAACCCUUUAAGUCCCAAUGGUGACUAACAUCAGUUUUCUCCUAACGAUAUCCAUACAAGGUCAAGAGAUUAGUUUAUGAGAAGUAAUAAAAUGAUCACCAAAGAGAAAGUAAGUGCCUUGAUCUUUCAUAUAUAGAGAGAUCAGUUUGGAGAAUAUGUAUGUGGAUAUUGGGGCUUAAAGGGUUAAAACAUAUUCCCUCAAUUAAGUACAUUUAUGAAUAUAUUCCUAAGGGAAAUGCAUGGAUAUCAGUGUGGGUUGUUUGGGAAUUAAAGGUUAAAGAAACAUGUUUGCUUAUGUUUAAGGUUGUGACAUUGUGGUACAGAGCUCCUGAAGUGCUUCUUCAUUCCAGUUAUGCCACGGCUGUGGAUAUUUGGAGCAUUGGGUGUAUCAUGGCUGAACUUUAUAACAGAAAACCAUUGUUUGAGGGGAAAUCAGAAGUGGAUCAACUCAACAGAAUUUUUAGGUGAGUAUUAAACUGUCAUACACUGCACUCUAAAAAUAAAAGGGCCAAUCAGAGUCUGCAUAACAUGAGCAAAUCCCGUAGUCAUAAUUUAUUAAUAAAGGGACAGACUGAGUUUCAAUAUUUCUGGCUUUCGAGAUAAACAAAUCUUAAUUUUAUUUCAUAAAUGGAGGAUAUUACAUGCAUGCGCUUGGAUACGAGUUGAACAUGACAAGUUAAAAUUUGUAUCCACAAGCGGGCAUGUAAUAUUCUGUUUAUUAUAUAGACACCGAUGUGGGAUGGUCUUUUCCUAUUAGCUGAGACUGAAGUUGCCAUGACAACUGUGAUGUCUUCACGUGUGAAGGAUAAAAAUUGUAUCUUCACUGGACACCAAAUUUUCAUCACUGGAAAAAUCCUGGUAUUUCAUCAGUGUCUAUAUAAUAAAUAGAUAUGUCCCACUUUCUUUAAAUAAUUAAUAUAUUUUUAAAAAUGUGUCCGUUAAUAAAAUGGUAAUAGGACUGAGUGGAGUCCAACUCUGCCUGUAGUCAUAUUCAUGAUUAAACAAAUCGGACUCCCGUUUCGAUUUGUUUAAUCAAGAAUACGAUUACAGACAGAAUUGGACUCCACUCAGUUGGACAAAACGAUGUUCUGUUAUCAAAUAAUCAUAACUACAACAAAAUUUGUGAUGUUUUAACCCUCUUGAAAAUAAAAACACAAGAAAUUCUAUGAGUUCUCUUACAUGGUGUGAAAAAAAGCCAUUAAAGUGUGCAUGUGCGAUGGUGCACACUGUCCAAUUUCUUAGGCAUGACGUGUACCGUCCUUUUACACUGUCCUAUUAGUGCUGAAAUCAGGACAGUUGAUAGCCAAUCAGAUUUGAGAAUUUUGUUAUAGUUAUGAGUAAUGCUGUAAUAGCUUGAAUGGUUCUACCGGGCAUGAGAAAUUAUUAGAACAAAGGCGUGAGUAGGUAUGAGAUCUAAGUUUCUGCAUGACAAUCACACCUUAGGUGAGAAACUUGGCAGGUAUAGAUAUGUACUUUAGUAAGUCAUUUAUUUCAAACUGGAAAACUAACUUUCACCGAUUUAAUAUUUUUCAGCGUUAUAGGUACCCCUCCACAAGGUGAUUGGCCAGCCAAUGUUACUUUACCAAGAUCAUCUUUCUCAAGAUAUGCUCCUUUUUCUCUGUCUGAACUAAUACCAGAGAUGUGUGAAAGUGGAACUCACUUACUCAAGGUCAGUAUUAUUUCUGUUGCCAAAAAUCAUUGAGAGAAUUAAGUAAACGAUCAUCAGUGGUGAACUGCCGUCUUUUUUCGCACACCGUCUUAGUAAAUCCAGGUAAAACUGUCUGAAGUUAGUAUAAGAAAACGGCUGAUAUUUUGCCAUGCCACCAAUGUUUACCUGCAAAAUGAUGCUCUAUAUAUGACAUAUGCCACUACAUUUUAUUUUGUGACAUGCCAUUAAGUUGCUUCAACCGAUCAAUCAAAAUCAAUCUAUCACAUCACUAUUUGUGACAUGUCACAAAUACUUGCUUCAACCAAUCAAAAGCACUGCCCAGGUCUGGGUAGUAAACAUCAUCAGUAUGGAAUUUCUACACUUUCUUAAAAGUUACUUAGAGGGAGGGUUACUCAGUGGAGGCAUCAUGAAAUGUCGCUUCUUUUCUCAGGCUAUAAAAGUAAUCUGUAGUACAUGUAUGCUCUUUUUUUUUCAGAAAAUGCUCACAUUCAGUCCAAACAAGAGAAUUGUUGCCAAACAAGCCAUUCAACAUGAGUAUUUUGAGGAGUUUCAUGAUGGUAAUAAGGAAAACACACAAGGCAGUAGUCCAAACAUAUCCAACCAAAAGGAAAAUACCUCUGCUUUCUGAACCAAUGAGGGUUGCAAUGUACAACAUUGCAGUCAUGUUAUGAUGUCCUUUUAACACUGUGUGAGUGCAUUGCAAGAAGUAUGUUGCAUAGCAUGUGGGCGUGUUUCAUUGAAGUACAUGUAUGUAUAGCCAUUGUACUCACUUGAAUUGCAUUAUAGAAUACAGCUUUACCGGUAAUGCAUUGUAUACAAUAUCAUGUUUGGUGUGCAUGUUCAUAGUAUUAUUGAUACAAGUUCAUUUUCAUGGAAUUGGACAUAAUUGUUUUGCACUAUCAAUGUAUUCAAAUUUUGCAAGUCCAGCAAGUUUAUAUUGAUGUGUUUCAAAAUAUUUACUUCUGCUGUUCUACUGUAGAAAAAAUAUUUUGAUUAGAUCAAGAAACACCAAUGGUAAGAGAUUCUUUCCAAACCAUUCAAAAACAUUUUAAAUUUAUUACUGUUAAUGAUUUCAAGUAUUAAAUAAUAUUACUAAAUACUUUUACUCCCAGAGUGAAUGAUGACGUUUUAUACUAAAGGUGGUUCUAACUUUUGAGUUUGUGGACAAAAAUAUAUAGAUCCUUCCGUGGGUUUUUAAACUUUUGAUUUGUAAACACUUGCAACUUUGAGGAGCUAUUAAUAUCUUCCUUUUUUUUUAGCAAUCACUGUCAAAUUUGGCAAUUUUAUUAAUUUAAAGGCACUCUUUGUGGCCUAGUCAAUGGAUUUCCGCUAACUUGUCCAUGUCAAAAGUUGGAAAAAACUCCGGAAAGGUCUAUGUACGGUAUGAGUAGUUUCUCAUGAUUUGUUAUCAAAAAAUUACUAAAUGAAUUUUAAAAUUUUUGUCCAAUAACUCAAAGAAAAAUUAAACCAAUAAUUUAGACAAGAAAUAGUCUAAUAAUUUAGAGAAACAUUUCCUCUUUGGGAUUGAAAGGGUUAAGGUGAGUUUUUACUAGGGCCAAAAGGGCAAUAUAAAAUUAAUGUAACCUACAGUAAAUAAACAAAGUAGAUUUAUUGUUAAAAGUUAAGCAAUUAGAAAAAAAGGGUAAAAAACUAAAAUAGACAAUUUAAGGCACAGUAUUAAUAUAUGGCCAAACCUCCUGAAUUAGGACAAUUACAACAGUUGUAACUGGGUCAAGUUUCUGCAUUUAGGAGGUACAGUGGAACCCCAAUUAUUAUAGCGAUCCUCCAUAUAACGAUACUAUGUCCCCACAGAAGUUACAGUAAAAUGUAUGGGACAGAUCCCCGAUAUAACGAUCUUUGAUAGAGUGAUACCCUGAUAUAACAAUGAGAAUUAAGUGGACCAAGUGUAAAAUCUUCCUGGAUAAUAAUGAUAUUAUCAGUACACAGUCAACUUCAAAUUCAAUACAAAAACAUUACAGUAAUCGAGCGUUCUUCAACGAUUCUGUGAUAUCAUAUGAUGAUACUGUGCUCUAAGCCUCUUUAUCAACUUAAUAUCCUCCUUGUCAUUCAAUUCUAUUUGGUUUACCCUGAUAUAACAAUAUUUUCGGUUAUUUUAUGGCCAUAUUGUUAUAUCGGGAGUUUCGAUAUAAUGAAUCUUCAAUAUAACAAUAUAAUUUAUUUUACUGCUCCCUUAGCAUUUCGUUAUAUUGGGGUUCCACUGUAGAUUGUCUGAAGUUAGAGGGAAUGGGGAAAGAGGGGUCUGUAUUAUGGUCAGAAGAGUGCAUUAGGAAAGGUCUGACUAUAAGCACAAAUUUUUCAUAAAAAAUGUAGCAACCAAAACAAUAAAUGAAGAAAAUCCAUUGCUCUUUUGAGUAUUUAAGUGUCUCAUGAAAGAAGUGAUUAUUUAUUUGAGGAAAAACGAAUCUCUUGAAUUGACUUUCUAAAUUCAAUGAUAAACCAGUAAUGUUUCGGAUUUGGUAAUAAUGAUUUGUUUUAAUUUUGUGGUGUCAGUGAUAACUGGCAAUGACCACAGUACAUGGAGUGUCUUGGAAUUUUUCUUAGGUAGCUCUUCUUUUUUGAACAAGCAAAAAUAUGAUAUGUUUUGAUGUCAGAUGAACAAUAAGUUUUAUCAACAAACUUUCCUGGAAAACACUAUUUUGGAUAGUACCAAAAGCAUUGUUAGUAUUUUGCUGCAAAAGGAUAGAUCAGGAUAUAAUGUUAUUGUAUGCUACUGGGCACAGCACCUGUAAAGCAGUUAACAGUAAGAUAUACAUGGGCUGUUGCUCCUCUAGCUAUAGAAAGAGGAAGCUACUGCUGCCUUAGAAAUUAUCCCAGGCCUAUUGUGGCAAAGAUACACAAAAACAUUAAGUUACAGUUCUAUUGGCAAGUUUGUAUCAACAUCAGUAAUCUUCCUAAAGAUAUAAUGAUGGUCUAGCCUAUGUUGAACAAACAACUGGAAGUCUUUAAUGGAACACAAACUGACCAGUUAGAAUGAAUUCUUUUAGUCAUGCUGACAGAAUAAGACAACUAAGUUGUGUCAGACAGCACAUUAAGCAUUCUUGUGACAAUUAAGCAUGGCAUACAAGGCUGCUGAACUUUCAGUCUGGGAAGUUUUAUUGGUUCUAGCUUAUAGCAUGAUGAAGCAAAUAGUACAGCAGUAUAAAAGGAGAAUUCUAAUCUACAGGUAUUCCUUUUUGCUCUGGAAAAAUAUUAAAAUGACUCUUCUAAUUAAAAGACUGUUCCAUUUAAAUGUUCAUUUUUUAAAUCUAUAAAAGUAAUGGGAAGUUCUUCAGUUUUCACUCACUGUGUACUUAAUUAUGCCAUCUCCAUGAGCAAUUUGCCAUGUUCUAAAUGAGUGGGAAUAUGGGCAUGAUUUACAACCAGAGGAUACUGGAGAUGCUUUUUUGAAGGGACAUUGCAAAGCUGAACAAACUUGAUGGACUACAACUGUUUUAUUCCAAACUGCAAUUAUAGUCUCGGCAAUGCACCUAACCUUCACAAUAAAUUAUUACAGAAUCCCUUAACCCUUUAAGUCCCAAUAGUGACCAACAUCAAUUUUCUCCUAACAAUAUCCACACGAUGUCAAGAGAUUAGGUUAUGAGAAUUAAUUAAAUGAUCACCAAAGAGAAAAUGCUUUGAUCUUUUCUCAAAUUCUCUCAACUUAUUCUUUAAAGAAAUGUAUAGAGAUCAGUUUGGAGAAUUUGCUAGUGGAUAUUGGGGCUCAAAGGGUUAAGACCCUGGUGCACCAGGCACAUAAUUUAAUACUCUCUUUCAGUCAGAAUAAACUUGUGAGUGUCCUUGUCAGUUGGCUUGCAGCUGCCUGUGAUGUUAUUGCUGUUCAAUGGUCGCAAAUCAUGCUGCUUGUCUAGAACAUGGCAAAUUAAAAAAAAUAGGCAGUCCUUUGUGCGUACUGCGUAUUUGAAAGUCAGGUUUCAAAGUUUUCCUAAAGUGUGAUCAUCUAUAUGUGUGAGAGUUGUCACCGUGUUCAAAAAUGUAAUCUUUUGUAUCAAAAGGUUCUUGUAACCUGUAUUUUGGUGUGAAAAAACAUUUUAGCAUUAUUUUACUGUUGGGAGUGUUCUCAAGGUAGAGUACUAUAGUCAAUCUGAGUGUGUUUUACAACUAAACAUUAUUCAUGGCAUGUAUUUCAUUACUGCUGAAAAUUGUUUGUGUAAGGUACAAGUUCAAUAAAAAUUAAAAUUUUUAC